UUUUUCUUGAAACUGGAACGUGACUGCUCUAUGUGGACGGUGACUUGGUCUGUCGUAUAAAACCAGCAAGUUUCGGAGUAUUGGAUAUCAGAGUUCCAGUCCUGGGACUUGGAGAGAACUAGGGGAUCUCGACUUCGCUGAGAGAAAGAGAGAGAAACAACCAAGGAAACUGUCAGAGGCUCAGGAAGAACUCAGAAAUAGGCGCGGAGAGAACGCAGAGAUCUUGGUGCUUCAGUUUCUCAUUCUCUAACUCAGCACCAAGGACAGCGACUAAACACACAGCUACAAUCUGAAGCAACAACGUAAUAUCUGGAUCCGACGCAAUGGUGAUUCGGCUCAGCUCCCACGUCCUGACGCUUUUCGCUCUUCUGAAUGUGUUCUGCUCCCGCACAUCGGGGUUCCCGGCGCUUGGAACCUAUUCCCACCUGAGGCUGGGAAAUGCUGUUGGGUUCGAUGGACAGUCCAGUGAGGAUCAGUCGCAAUCACCAGUGAAAGCUGAUAGUGACAUUUACCAAAACCCAUUGUCAGACAGUGACAAACUCUAUUACCAGUUGUCCGCAAGCAUUCCAAGAGCAACACGACAUGCAGAUGCACUUUUCACCAGUGGCUACAGCAAGCUGCUUGGCCAAUUAUCUGCCAGGAGAUAUCUGGAAUCACUGAUGGGGAAGAGAGUCAGCACCCAGGAUGAGCAGAAUCCAGUCAAACGUCACUCUGAUGCUGUCUUCACUGACAAUUACAGCCGAAUCCGGAAACAGAUGGCAUUGAAAAAAUACAUCAAUGGCUUACUGGCUGGCAAGAGAAGCCAAGAAGAACUAAGCUCAGCUAAUCUCUCAGACAACCCCCCGCUUGUUGAGAAUUAUGACAGUGUGAUGGUUGACGAGUUUUUGAGUCAGCAUCCAGCUUUGAAUCUCUGAAGACCUCUGACUUAUUGAGCUGAAAACUACGCACAGCCAUUUUCCUUUAUUAAUCAGGAGUGAACGUGUGAAACUCCAAAGCUAGUAUGUUGUGUAGUGAAAGUCUUGUAGUUCCUUGUAAAUGAGAGUCACUGUUCAUACAUUGUAAAUAACAUCCUUUUUUGGUCAACCUCUGUCUAAAAGUUGUAUAUAUCUGUUAGCUUUAGACUGACAAUGUUACUCUCCUAUACUGCCCUAACCCCUAAUAAAUGUAUUGAAUGCAGCAUGUGAAAGUCACACUGUAUUAACUUGAAUUGUAAACAUACCCAUUACAUUCAAGGCUGUUAAUGAGUUAUCACCAUUGUCUUCACUUCUGGACUAUAAAUUUUGAAUUAUAUCUCUGAUGUAUCAAGUCGUA